UAAACGUUGUCUCAAAGCAAAUCGUCGACGAACGUGACCGAAAGUCCGAAAGCAUUUCAAGUAAGCCGUGAUUGGGCCCGUUGUGCGGCCAUGACAUCACCUGAGGUGGAGAGAUUAGCCAUUCUGGACAAAGUGGGCGGGCCUGGAAGCGGGCCGAGUGGCCCUAGUAGCGGCAAACGUGUGACUUUUGGCAGUCUCCAACCUCACCCUCACCAUUCCCAUCCUAAUCAACAUCCAAACAGACAUGGGCACACUUCUCACCAGCGAUUCGCUAAUCAGAGCGGUGGCGGAAGGAGACUCAGCAAUGUGACAGCAGGGAGCGCGCCCUCGACUUCGAGCGCGAUUACUCCGACUGGGGCGCAGGAUGAUUCAGGAGCCAAAAAGCCGCCGGCGAAUGCUGCCGCUACCUCAGCCAUGAAACGCCCUUCCAACUACCCUCGGCAACUCCGGAAGCGGAGUUAUUCUUUCUCCGAAGGUCACUCUAAGCAAAGUUUGUUGGCCGCGGCUCCUUUCAUCAAUAACGCGAAACGUUGGAAGAAUGUGAACAAGCACAAUAAUGCCGGUCUCAAACGAAAUCAUAAGAACGUGCUGCCCUCGAAGUUUCUCUUGGGUGGAAAUAUCCGCGACCCGCUCAACCUGAACAGUCUCUCGAAUGAAAAGAUGUCCAAAAUUAUGAACGCCGUUACUCCCGAAUCAUCACCUUUACCCACGCCAAAGCAUCGCAAAGCUGAGCACAAAAUUGAGGUCCUGAUCCCACCCAACAUCUCGGAUCCGCUCAAUCUAAACGCCGUGGUAGAUGAGAACGAAUACGAAUCGAAAUUGAUCUCGCCCAAUCUGGCCGCAAUGAAUGAAAAGCGGAAGAAAAAAUUCCGAUAUCGAAAGCGAGCUCGAUCCACUUCCAGUAAGGCCAGUUUGAUAAUGGCCAAUGCCCGCGAACAUGAAUCCGAACCUGAGCACGAGAUUGAUUGUAGCUUGGAUGCCCGUGAUGACGAGGAUGUGUUAAAUCAAUCAGACAGUGCGAUUACUCAAGAACCCAAGGCCCCUAUCUUGAAGCGUAAUCCCAAAGAGAUCGAGGCCCCACCCCCCAAAUCGACCUCAACUAAAGAUGAAGUGGCGAGUCCGGUCAGUCCUCCGCCUGCUACUCGCCAGUUCAAAGGCUCAAAAAAUAACUUUCAGACGGCCAAAAACUCAACUAAGGCCAGCAAAGUUCAACAAGCCCAGAGCAAAGCCCAACACAAGAUUGUUGAGCCCAGAGUGAUGGGUGUUAAUAGAUUUCAUCAAAAGAAUAAGAAGUUCGAAUAUGGCAAUUACAAUCGCUACUACGGCUAUCGUGCUCCUAAUGCUGAGGACGAUCCUCGAUUGAAGUACCUAAAGGCGGAAUGGUUUGCCGGCAAGGAGGUCUUGGACAUCGGAUGCAACGUGGGUCAACUGACCAUGGCUCUUGGGAGAUUGUUCCAUACCAAAUCCAUCAUUGGCAUGGAUAUCGACAAGGGUUUGAUCGAAGUGGCUCGAAAACGGUUGCGACACGUGGCAAGUCAAACUAAGGCUUCCAAUACGGCUCCCAAACACGGUGAGAGCAAGGAUUCCAAAAAGAGUCCGCAAUUUCCCGCCAAUCUACCCCAGAUCUUUGGACCUUUAGAUCCAGCGUCUGGGUUGAGGUUCCAGCAAGACUCAAAUUCAGCCGAGCAAUAUCCCCGGAAUGUGAAAUUUGUGUGCGGGAAUUAUGUGCUGGAAAACGAGGAACUGCUGCAGACGGUUCAACCGGAAUUUGACGUCAUCAGUUGCUUCUCGACCACAAAAUGGAUGCAUCUCAAUUUUGGCGACGAGGGUUUGAAGAGGGCUUUCAAACGGAUAUUUGCCCAACUUCGUCCAGGUGGACUGUUCGUCUUAGAAGCGCAAGGACUUCCCUCCUAUCGGUUGAAAAAGAAAUUAACUGAACGCAUCUACGAAAAUUUCCAAAAGAUUAAGCUCAAACCUGAACAGUUUUCCGACUAUCUGAUCCACCAAGUCGGAUUUAGUUCCGGCCACAAUAUUGCCGUACCCCACCAUUCGUCCAAAGGCUUUCAAAGACCUAUCCAAAUAUUUGUGAAACGUGCGUCUUCCAGUUAUCACGCAAGUAGCACAGCCACCACGCCCUACAGUGGACCGUCACCACACAUUCCUCCCAAGCGGUGCUACGCCCCGUCCCUCACACCCACGUACAAUAAAUACACACCCUUACAUUCACCCAGUGCCAAUUUAUACAAGAAUCCAAACCGCACCCCUUCGGCCGGGGCUACGCCCCAACCGGGUCCUAGUGCCACACCUAAUUCAGAUGACGACAAAUUUUCGCGUCCUGCCAAUCCCACUUUGUACCUGGGAGGAUUCACGCCUCACUAUUCUCCUGGUCACACGCCCACAUAUUCAGGCUAUCAACAAGGUCUGACUCCGGGAUAUAGCGGUCCCAGUCCGGAGGAUAAUCCUGCCCAUCGAAGACCCUCUCAGCAUUCUCCUGUGUACACAGGACCGCCUCCUGGCUUGAUUAGUAACGCCUCCACGCCUGGUCAUACCGCCGAGCAAUCUGAAGACUUUCUCGAACCUGGCUACGCCCCCAGUCAAUCGGGGUACACGCCUAGUAAUCCGGGCACCCCCUCUCAUAUAGCUGGGCCCUCUGGCUUUAGUCCUGGUCCAUAUAGCCCCGGUAAUGCCACGCCCAAAGGAGGCUACCGAACCCCAGGUACCUCAUCCAACUCGCCAAACACACGAAGUGCCACUUCACCCCAAAUCCAACAACCCGAGGUCUCUGGCAAUACCACACCUCAUCCUGGACCCUCUGGAACCUCUCCAGCGGAUCAGCAAAAGUACCUUUGGUAUGGAGAUUCGAGUAGUGGGGGUAACACUCCUCAGUCGAACUAUGAUCCAUCUACCUCGCCUCAAGUCUACCCAACCCACUAUCCACCCAUCGGAGAGGACACUUAUAGCAAUCCGGCCACGCCCAAUAGUCCGGCCGCCAAUGGGGGUCCCAACAGUCCAAUUCCGGGCCCCUCUGUCUCCUAUAGUCCCACUGCCCAAGUCCAAAGUCAUGAGUCUCGGUUGUCCUUGAGCCCAGCCCCUCCUCCAUCAAUCCAAAGUCCGAGUCCAGUGGGUAGUGUGCCUUCCUAUAGUCCAAGGCAAGGCCCGGAGUCUCCCACUUGAGACCAUUGGGUUUGAAAUCCUGCAUCUCUGCUUGUCCCACUUUUCUCUAACUCUCCAAGUACCAUGAUGCUAGUUAGUCUUUAGAUUGGAUGUUAUGAAUUUCCAAUCGAAAAUAAAAUUGUCCCGUUGGCUUGAA